AUUUUCCUCUACCUAAACUGUGGCCCGUCAAAGUUGAGUGGCAUUUAACUUUUCCUUGUUAAAUAGUGAUAAUGGCCGGAAUUCCGAACUACGUGCUACGUCGACUUUUGCACACCUCCUUGCAAAGGGCCGCCGCCUCCACCGUUCAGGUACGAGGUCCUUCGGCGGUUUCUGGGGGACAUGAAGGCGGUUACAAAGUAUGGAAAAAUUUGGCGUUUUUCGUAGCAUUCCCUUCGAUAAUCUUGUGCGCGGUAAACUGCUACAUUCAAGAGACAAGCCACCCCCACGAAAGGCCGCCCUUCGUUAAAUACGAAUAUAUGCGGGUCCGCACAAAAAGAUUCCCCUGGGGCGAUGGCAACAAAAGCCUAUUCCACAACCCCAAAGUAAAUGCGUUACCUGAUGGAUACGAAGAUGAACUUGAGAAUUAAGCAAGUUUUAUUUAUAUGUUUGGUGCAAAAUUGUAGUUUCAUUUAGCACAAUAAAAGUCCCCCUUUUAGAGUUAA